AUGGCUUCCCCCGAAAAAGUAACACCAGAACGUGUCAAGAGACUUUUAUCGUCAUUUUUAGUACCAGAGUCAACCGACUAUAGUUUUGAAAGAAACCCAGAGACUCAAAAUGAUUGUGACAAAGUAUCUGACAGUAGAAGUAAUGGACAAGAGCAGUUAUUAACGAAGAAAGAUGAUGCUGGACAGAAAGGUCCACAUCCAAGGAGUAGAGAAGCUUACUUCCAAAGAGUCAACACCUUCACUACAUUCAAUUGGUUUGCUAAGCCAGUAGAUCUGUCUCCCCUUGUGUGUGCACGGUAUGGUUGGCAGGUGAUUGAUUCAGACAUGCUGGGAUGUGUGGGUUGUAAAGCCAAGCUUAGCGGACAGUUACCGAAAACAAGAGACCAAAAAUUAUAUCCAGAUUGCUGUAAGAAACUGAAGCAUGGUCUGACCUGGUCACACAAGAAGUCCUGUUCCUGGUCCUCCAAUCCUAGUCCAGAAUCAUUUGCUGUGAUUCCACUUUACAACAUAAAGGAAAUCAAACACAAUUGGUCGACAAUGGUAAAAGGAUUAGAAGGAGAUAUUAUUGAGGACAUUGUUCAGUAUUUUCUUCAUGAACAUGAUCAGCCAAUCACAGAAAAUUCCAAGGCAGCUUUUUUACUCACUCUCUGUGGCUGGAAUUUAAGUGAUACAAGCAGCUCCACCUUGGAAUGUAAAUUCUGUCAGAGAACCAUUGGACUGUGGAAUUACAAAUCUUGUAGUGGUAUGCAAAGGUCGCAGAACGAGGAAUCUGGAGAUCAUCAUGUAGCCAAGAAAUUCAAAGUUACAGAAAAGAAUUGCUUUGAUCCAAUAGCAGAGCAUCGGUAUUGGUGUUCGUGGCUAGUGGAUCUGUCUUCCCCAGGUGGUCCACCUACUCCUGUCAAGGGAUCAAAAGGGGGCCAGUGUACCUCUCCAAUGUCUAGUCCCUCUACACCAAGGAACAGUAACUUAGACAGCAGCUUUGGCGAGGGAUCUCCUGGUACCAGUCAACUAGAUCUGACCUCCAGGCCAUGGUUCUCCAUGCUAAAGCUGGUCUGUCCUGGCAAGGUGAUGGACACAGAGCCAACCAUGACUGAUCGCUUUAAACAGAAUUCCCCUACUGCUGGUCUAAGACAGUUGCGGAGACUGAUGAAGGGAUGGUCAUCUGCCUACAUAUCCACACCCACCAAGCCAACAUGACAUAAACAUGUCUGCUAGUUGUGUUGUAAUAUGACAUUCAAAUCUAACUAGCUGGUGUACUGCUCAUACAGAUCUUGUCAGAUCUAACAAACUGGUGUACUGUUGGUGCAGAUCUUGUCAGAUCUAACAAACUGGUGUACUGUUGGUGCGAUCUUGUCAGAUCUAACAAACUGGUGUACUGUUGGUGCGAUCUUGUCAGAUCUAACUAACUGGUGUAAUGUUGGUGCGAUCUUGUCAGAUCUAACUAACUGGUGUACUGUUGGUGCGAUCUUGUCAGAUCUAACAAACUGGUGUACUGAUGGUGCAGAUCUUGUCAGAUCUAACAAACUGGUGUACUGUUGGUGCGAUCUUGUCAGAUCAAACUAACUGGUGUACUGCUGGUGCAGAUCUUGUCAGAUCAAACUAACUGGUGUAAUGUUGGUGCGAUCUUGUCAGAUCUAACAAACUGGUGUACUGUUGGUGCGAUCUUGUCAGAUCAAACUAACUGGUGUAAUGUUGGUGCGAUCUUGUCAGAUCUAACUAACUGGUGUACUGCUGGUGCAGAACUGAAAUAAGAAUCUGAAGACAGCUUUUUUGUCCUGGAGAUGUCAUUUUUUUGUUAUGUUGACAUUUUAGUACCAGUAAAAGUAGAUUUAUAUUUUAACAUUAUUCUCCAUAAUGAAUGACUAUGGAUCUGACUUAUCCAACAUGAUGUUAUAAAACUACAUGUAUUUAUCAUUUCUGUGUUAUUGUGAUGGACGGGAAAUUUAUGGAUGUAAACUUGGUAGCUGUUAAUGACUGUCUACAGUGUGUCUGUUAUCAACUGUAAGUACAUGAAUGUGAGGGAGCCAUACAAAAAGGAUAAGUCCCAUUGUUAGCAGCAUUAGACAAAAACAAAAUGAUGGUUGUCAUCUCUACAACAACAAUAAUUAUGAUUGUCUGGAACCUACUGAUCAGUGAUCUAGAUACCUUCAAUAGCGGUAAUCCUAUAUAUCAGCUAAAAUUGAAAUUGAUAUUGAUUUCUGAUGUUGGCUGUAAACCUAGAUAUUUAUAUUGUAAAAUGGUUGCUUGUGUAUUUGUUGAUUUUUUUGGCUGUCAUAGCUGGUACCAUUUGUGAAUUCAUGAUGCAAGGAAAGCAGAAAAUGUUUGUAAUGUACUUCAAUAUGUAUUUAACUGUGAUAUGCAGUUUGGGCUAUAACUCAAGUAAAAGUCCAGGACAUUGGAGGGGUUGGGAGGUGGGCAUGUUUAUUACUUUAGGUACUUUCAAAUUUUAAACUAAAGAUUCAAUAUUUGAAGGUUACUACAUAAUUAAAUACAUGAUUUUCUCAUCUGAAGUGUUUUUGAUAUAUUUUCAUGGUUUGUUGAAAGCCAAAAAUAACCCUGAACCAAUGUAGGUAAUCAUUCUAACCACUUGUUGAAACAUCAAACAAAAAUUGUCUUUAGUGAAGUUGUUCUGUUAAAUUCAUAAAUCUCAGUUAUUUGGAUAAUGGACUCCAGUUCAGGUACAUCAUUCAUAAACUGUUAAAUCUGCUGGUACAAUGAUAUUCUCUUUUUUAUCAACUACAACCAAGCGUUAUAUGAAAUCUCAUUAUUUAGUUGUCAUUGACGGCGUUUCUUUUACUCCCGUUCUGUGUUUUUGCACUAAAUACUUGUGUUAGAAUACAAAGGGUUUUCUUAUUUCUUUAAUAUAUAUACAUUUAGAAAUAACUUGCAUAAUUGUAUUUGCUAAACCCUUGAUGUUUGAGAAUCUGUUUUAAUUGGUGCAAUCAUUGGUAUGACGGAUAGUGCAUUGCUGCUGUAUCAGUACUAGUUAUAAGUUUUAGUAUACAAAUCUUUACACGGUAUACGUCAUUAAUUACAUUGUUUUCAUUAAAAUGCUACGUUUAAUCUGUACAAUUAAGAAUCCUGUACCAUUUAACCAAGGUAUUGCUGGUCAUGAAUUGAGGGCAGAAAUCAUUGGUUGUACUAUGGUGCGGUUCUGUCCCUUUAACAGAUCUUUUAAAACCUUUAGGAGUAUGGAAGAUGAGGUAUUCUGUAUUGUAUUUACCUACUAGUAAUUCGUACUAUUUGCUAUCAAGAUGAAGGCUUAUUCGAUAAAUAAUAUCUACUUGAAAAAGGCAAAGGUAGAAACAAUGGACCUGCAACACAUUGGUUGUUAUUUGAGAAGUUUUGUUAUUAUGUACAGAAUCAACAACUCUGUAACUUAACUUAAGAUAAUGCUAUCUGUUAUGGCCACACAGUAAGAAUACUCUAUGGAGAUUGUCACUGUUAGUGGUUGUUGUGGAGAAUCACUUGAUAUAUUGUUGAUACUUGGUAUUAGUGAUAUCUUUCGUUAGUACUGAUACUUUGAUCUACUUGUGUAUAUGUUCAGUGAUAUACAA